AUUUUUCUGCUAACGUUAUCCAAAAAAAAUUCCAAAAAAAGCCAGUUACAUCACAGAGCACACAUUAUGAUCCGGCCAUUACCAUUUCUUCUGCUGUUGUCAUCACUGGCAGGGGUGGCCACCCUUUCGUGUAACAUUUGUGCCGAUGUGGGUCUCGACGAGUUUGGAGAAUGUCUAUCGCAAUUCGAUUACGACUGCAGUCCAUAUGCCAGGAGAUUCCCGGCAAGUGAGAAAAUCUACUGUAGAAGCACGAGGACAAGGAAUGCAACAAGUAAAUCCUACACAAUAAUGAAGGAAUGCAUUUCGGAACAAGACCACUACAAGAAUUAUCCUCAGAAAGGCUACAGCAUUGACGAGGAAUGUGAUCUGGUAGACGUUCAGGGAGUUGAGAUGGCCUACUGCCUCUGCAGAUCGGAUCACUGUAAUAAAAACCCGAUUGCCGAGCAGUUCAUGGAUUUCGAGAAAAAACAUCCUGAGCUCUUCGGUGAUAUUGAAGAAGCUCGUCCGCCAAGCCCUCCUAGAGAGCCACCUACGUUCAGGUCAGGAGAAGCUCCAUUGAAGAUUCAGCCGCUACCUCCUGGUAUGGCGCAGCACGUACCGUCUCCGAGCUCUUUUGCCGCACCAAUUUUGAAUCCACCGGCGAUUGUUCCAAUUAAUGAUUUGAGGACACAAUCCCAAUCAAAAUCGUCUGAAAUUAUUGAAAUCCGUCGUUCUCAACUUCCAUCACGAGCCUCGGGAAUCGAGACAGAGAUUAGUAGUCAACCAAGACGACCGAUCAGUAACUCCCGGGAAACUGAAGUUCCGAUCAUGAACCUGCCAACAAAUCAUAUUAGUCAGGGAUCUUUUGUAGGAAGUGGUCAGAUUGUGCCAAAUCCACCGCAGUUGCCGACGAAAGAAAUUUCUUCCUCAACAAUGAGAUGUAUUCAGUGUGGAGAUGGAAGUCUUAGAAAUGUAAAUGAAGAAUGCAAGAGACAAGUACAAGUCGAGUGUGCUUCAGAGAGAUCGUUGUGCUUUACGCGGCAAAUUGAUUUGGGGAAUAGCAUGUUCGGCAUGGAGAAAAUGUGCGUACUUCCCGAGCAACUGGUUAACGAGUUCGGCGAGGCCGCCAGAAACGAAGGAUGCGGUAGUUCGAAUGCCGGAAGAGUUCAGUAUUGUGCAUGCUCUUCACCAGUCUGUAAUCAGCUUCCGUUGGCUCAGCAGAGACAACUCCUCACCGCCAUAGCUCCAGCCCGCUCAAAAACCGUCCCAGAUCUUGCAACUCCAGAGCUUCCAAUCCCCCAACCUCCAAGAUUCGCCGAGGUUCCCCCGAUCCCCGAUGCCCCCACAAACCCUCCAACAACAACUACACCACCUCCACCACCGCCAACUCGUGCUCCACGACCCAUCAUCCCAACAGAAGUGCGACGUCCUCAAAUGCCGUCUCUGAUUUGCAUAACCUGUGGAGAAGCCAACAUGGCGGAUCCAACAGCCGACUGUUCGUCUGCAGCUGAAGAGGCUUGUGAUGCGAAUGCAAAGUACUGUGUCACUAAGCAAACACAGAUUUCUACAAGUUCAUUUGCCAUGGAGAAGAGAUGUUUGUCGGAGAUUGAUGCAGCUGUUUUCUUGCCAGGGGAGAAGCUAACCGAAGGAUGCGCCACAAGUGAAGGUGGUCUUGUGAACUACUGUAUUUGUCGGGGAAACACAUGUAAUCGACCGUCCCUUCUUCAGCAGGCUCAGUCUUCAGGAGUCCGCGAUUCCCUCGAAGAGCAGCGUCUAAUGGAAGAACAAAUCCAAAAAUCCCAACGUUUUGCCAAUUCUCUCCAAACAAAUCGAGUACCAAAUCAAGCGAACGUGGGAGUUCUCCCACCAAAUCAUAGCCAUGAGAACAAGGAAAAACCAAAACUUCCGCCAGUUUUUCUGGAUGAAGAUGAUUCGUUGGAGGUCGCAAAAGACGUUCGGACUGAGGAUGACAUAAUUAAAGAACGGCAAAGAGAAUGGGCGAGAGCCGGAGAGACACGGGCGGCGGCGAGCUAUGUCACGUUGACAUCCUCACUGCUUGUCAUCUCAAUUCUUCGUUUGCUCUGAAAAAGGAAAUUUAGAAAUUUUAAAAAUAAUUCUGUAUUUUUUGUUUGAAAAAAAUUACUGACGUAUGUAUACUAUGUCGUCUUUAGACCUAGAUCCUCUCCUCAAUUGGUUUAUUCUCCUUGUCCGUACCAAAUUGGCUCACACUAUGGGUUCCCUUUGUCACUUUAAUUUAUUCUCAAUUCAUCAAUGAUGUGAUUUGCUUCCGUUUUGUUGUCUUUUUUUAUUUCGAAAAUUGAAUAAACAUUUUU